GUUCUUUUUUACUUUUUUUUUCCUUUCCUUGGCAUCGAGCAACCUGACGUCAGAUUCUGGGAGUGGAGACAGAACUAGGAAGAGUGAGAAGGGAUCGUUAGCUGGCCUCGUUUAUGGAAAGAAUUGGGUGCCGUGUACUUUUCUUCGGGAGUUACAACCUCCUACGUAUAGCAAUGUGCGCAACAGGAGACAGAAGCCGAGACUCCGAUUUAGCCUCUUUUUGACUAAGCCGGUAUCCUGCGUUUGCAGAAGUGUUUUACUAUCCUUAAUUACUACACCUACACUGUAAACAAUCCAGGGCAGGUAGGGAAGUUAAGCCGGAAGAACUUGCAGUACAAGAAACAGUGUUUUCAAAAUGCAUUACUGAAUUAUCCUGUAUUUUUUUUUCCACCGCUUGUGAUUAUUAUUGCAUGAGUUGCAAAAAUCCUUAAGCGAAUCGAUAGCUUUUAAAUAGAGUCUAUAUCAUUUUAAAAUUAAACCGUGGGUCCUUGGGACGAAAUGGAAACAACCAUGACUUUGAGAAAAAAGAAGCUUUUUGUUUUAAUGGAUGUCAUGUGCGUUUUGGUUGCCGCUCUGCCCUCCAUAAUCAUGAACCUGCUCUGCAAGCCAUACCAGCGGGAAGUUAACUGUGAAGACGAGAGCAUCAGGUACCCUUUCAAGGAGGACACCAUCACUCACGGUCUGAUGGCUGCCGUCACCAUCAGCUGCACCGUCAUCAUUAUAUGUUCUGGUGAAGCCUACUUGGUCUACAGCAAGAAGAUUCACUCCAACAGUGACUUCAACCAGUAUGUGGCCGCACUUUAUAAGGUGGUGGGCACCUUCCUGUUUGGAGCGGCCGUCAGCCAGUCCCUAACCGACCUGGCGAAGUAUACCAUCGGACGUCCGCGCCCCAACUUCAUGGCGGUCUGUGCUCCCAAAACCUGCAAGGGCAAUGUGCUGCAAAUCAACUGCUCUGGGAUCCCAGCCAACGUCACAGAAUCCAGGUUGUCCUUCUACUCUGGACACUCUUCCUUUGGGAUGUACUGCAUGCUGUUCUUGGCGCUGUACGUUCAGGCCCGGCUGGUGGCAAAAUGGGCCCGACUUCUGCGACCCACAAUCCAGUUCUUCCUCUUGGCGUUCGCUGUCUACGUGGGCUAUACCCGCGUGUCUGACUACAAGCACCACUGGAGCGAUGUUCUGACAGGUCUCCUGCAGGGGGCGCUCAUUGCCAUCCUCAUUGUGCGCUACGUGUCGGACUUCUUCAAGACGCGCCCCCCCCGCUGCUCGAGCCCUGAGACGCCUGAUAGUGAGGAGCUGGAACACAAGCCCAGCCUGCAGGUCCGCGACACUGAGCGCAGCAACCAUUUCGGCUACCCAAGCUCAGCAUGAUGGGGGUGGGGGGGGUUCCUGAAUGCCGCUCAAUCUUCGGACAGGAUGGCGGCGGAAGCGGCGCACAGUGGACGUGCCCGGUGAUCUGGACCCGCCUGCCCGCCUUCCCCGCAGCCGCGAGCUCGUGGCAGACUUGCUCCGCCGCGUGUGACUGCAUUUUAAUUCUUCCGUUUCUUAUCCUGAGUUAGUAGUGUAAAGCUGGACUGUGAAGAGCGACCUUUUUAUACUAAGUUGGUGGGGGCAGUGAAUGUUUCUGUACAAACGGUGGGGUAUGAGGAUUGGGGUGGGGGGGGGGGCAAAGCAGAUGCAGUGAUUAAUUAAAGGCCAGUGGACUGACAUUGACAGCAGGUUCUUGUAUUACUAAAUUCCUCUUCCUCCCGGUACCGCCCAUCUUGUGGAGGAUUCUGGGUAGUCGCUGCACGCUUGCUGCAUGCUCCCCCCCCGAGUUCGGGUAUCUUAACCAGAGUGGAUUGGCUGCUUUAUCCUAUGUAUGUGCCUGUCAGCAUAUGGUAAGUAGUUCCAGUUUAUAUUGGGAACUAACUGACCUGGACACUACUGUAGGUGUUUCCCAGUCUUGUGCACCGUGUGACUAAUCCACGCCUCUCCUGAGGUUUUUUAAAUUCCUAUAUUAAUUACAUUACCAUGAAGCCAAACUGGGCUUAUGCUUUAAGGAUUUUUAUUUUAUGAUGUAUGAGUUGGCACUGUCGCCUCACACCUCUGGGACCCGGGUUUGAGCUUCUGCCAGGGUUCCAUGCGUGGAGUUUGCAUGUUCUCCCCAGGGUUCCAUGCGU